ACCUUUUACCUAUGCAUUGUGGGUAAGAUCGGUGGCCAGUAACUUGUUUUGGUUAUUUCGGCUUCACACAAAUGUUUGAUGGCUCUUGUACCUCUUUUUAUUUAUCGGUCCAUUUAUCUCUCUCCCGUCUAUUAUCGCUAUAUCUCCUCCUUCACUUGAGUUUCUCUUCGCCCCUCUUUUAAACCUUUCCUUGGUUUAUUCGGGUUUGAAGACGGACACAAAUCUUUUUCUUUUCCCGACCGUUUUAUUUUGUAUUAUUUCUUCAGCCGUCUCAAUACCAAACAGAAAAAAAAAAAAGAAGUAGGGGAUAAAAAGAAAAAAGAAAGAAAAGAUAUAUAUAUAUAUAUAUUAUACAUAUAUAUAUAUAUAUUUUUUACUUGUACACACGAAAGAGCAAAAACAGAAAAAAAAAACCCCCGACUUUUUACAAGAAAUUCUAACACUUUUUCGUAAUGAUGAUCAGUUAUUGAUCUCAAGAUAUAGCAGCACUACUCUAUUGGACUGUAACUGUUCUCAUUUUUUUUUUCUGCAAAUCUUUACUGUGACUACUGAUCUAAAGAACUCCAGGUUAAUAUCCAACUCCCUGAUUUUCUGCAGUCAUUACCCAGCAUUCCAUAAUGGCUGCUAAUACCUGCUAUUGUUGUUCAGAUAAAGGGAAGACGUCCGAAGAAAUGGACUUGGAUGAGGCUCUCAAUGAACUCGGCAUGCUGAGUACUGUUACAGAAAGCCGAAAGCAAUACUUGCGAGAAAAACAGACGACCUCUCGUGUUGCAAGGCUUUACAAGAAUAUGGAUAAUAGGCAACAGGGCAAAAAGAAAAUUGGAGUAAUUCAUUUUAAUCCUGAAUACAUUGCAAAAGUUACAAUAGGAUCUAAUCAGCCAUCAUCCAAUAUCUGGAUUCAAGACACAUUUGAAGAGAAUAACUUGGACUUUUUUAAGAAUUACCAAAAAAGAACUGAAAGCAUAGAAGCAGACAUGCGUUCAAGGCGAUUAGAGAGGUAUCGUCUUGGUAGGAUUCGUCGAUUCCGGAGACCUUAUGAAGUACCUUGGCGCCUAAUGGAGCCAUUACCUAGCAACGUUUCUCAAGAAAAUGAUAGUUUAGAACCUCAAUCAAAAUCUAACUCAUCGUCUCCUAUUAAAUAUACGUCAUCGUCGUCAUCAUCAUCGUCGUGUUCUCUUACAAGAUCCCGUUCCUUUGAUAAUUUGAACUUUGCAAUGCUAAAAAUAGCUUCUGACAUUCUUGAAGAGACGAAUUUUUCUUUAUGUAAGCAGGAAAUAGAGACUGUUUCUGCUAAUAUGAGAAACCUUCAGGUGACUGAAUAGUUGUUUGUUACAGUAAAUCUAUGAACGUAUUA